AUGGCUCCUCCGAAAACGUACGUUCAGGUUUUUGGUCGUAAGAAAUCGGCUACUGCCGUUGCACUGUGCAAGUCCGGUAAUGGUAUGAUUCGUGUUAACGGACGUCCAUUGAUGCUCCUUCAACCCGAGCCUCUUCUGCCCAAAGUCCUCGAGCCCAUAAUGCUCAUUGGGCAGGAGCGUUUUGAGCACUUGGAUAUUAGAAUUCGUGUUAGUGGAGGCGGUCGAGUCGCCCAAGUGUACGCUAUACGUCAGGCGCUUGCAAAGGCGGUUGUUGCCUUCCACCAGAAAUUUGUUGAUGAAUAUUCCCGGAAGAGUCUGCGGGAUACUCUUGCUGAGUUCGAUAAGACACUGGUUGUUGCCGAUCCUCGUCACUGUGAGCCAAAGAAAUUCGGUGGUCCUGGUGCCCGUGCUCGCUACCAGAAGUCUUACCGUUAA